AUGUCUCUCCUGCAUUCCUCGACGCGCCGCCCUAAACCCCUCGAAGACGCAGACUGCGACCACGAAAUCAGUCUCGUUGACCAUACGGGACCCAAUCCAGUUGGUAGCCCUGCUGAAAAUGAAUCUAUUACGGCCAUCCCCUCCGCGACUACAGAAGCUUCGGACUCCUCAUCGACGAGAGAUAGAGAUGCUUCUCCACGAAAGACCCAUACCAGACAACGCUUACAUGAGCAAAUCUCAAAACGGAAAUACAAGAAAUAUCAGGAUCGUGGUGUAGAAGCAGACGGGAGGGAUGCGGAUGGUGAUGAAGGGGGCGCGGAUGAGGUUGUGACAGAAGAUGGCGAUGGGCAGGAGCCGGCGAACGAAGAGACCGAAGAUCGAGGCCGUACAAGCAUCAAGGAAAUCCCGAAGCCAGAUUCCGCGAUAGACGUCCUAUACGAGAACCAGCGGGGCGGCUUUCUCUGCGGAAUACCCCUAUUCUCCUCCAGGGCCUUGGGAAAUCUCGACCCUUCGGCCUGGACGAACAUUGCUCAGAAAACAAGCGCAACAAAUAUAACCAAUGCGCAAGUCCCUGACCCGUCCUGGAAAUGGGCAUGGAAAGACUGGUCCAUAAACCACGAGAACGACGUGGAUGAAGACGGGUGGGAAUACUCCUUUGCUUUCGCCAAACAAUUUUCGUGGCAUGGCCCAUCAUGGUGGAACUCUUUCGUAAGACGGAGAGCGUGGAUCAGGAAGCGGGUUAGGAAGAAUGCCGGGUUCCAGGCCCCCGAAGCGCAUAGAUUGAACUCUGAUUAUUUUACGGUCCAGCCAGCUGUGGAUAGGAGUCGGAGUCGGCAGUCGACUACGGAAUCGAAGAGAUAUAGCAUUGAUCAACUGGCUUCCCGAAAGAUGGAAGAACCUGAUGCUGUGGAAGAUAUUCGAGAUAUCGAGGCCCUGAUGACGGCUUUGAAACAUGCCAGCAUCGAUAGGGAGAAACUCGAGAUUGUCGAGAAUUUUAUUAGGAAUGGUGGGGAUGAGUUGUGUCAUUUGAAGCAGCACAGGCAUGACAUUCUCAGGAUGUUCAUUUUCCAAGCUUCGAGGAAGAUCUUACUCGCACACCUACAUAAGCUAUAUGAGGAAGCCGCAGAAGAGCUGGGGCAGCAUGAUGAGGAGGGAAAUGAUGUAGAUUCGCCUAAGCAGCGAUGGCUGCGGAACUUAGAGGUGGCAUUGCGAGGUGCUGAUGAGGAAGUCAAGAAGUUGGAAUUUUGGGGUGAUGUCAAGGAUCUGGCGGAGACAGGCGAAACAAAAGGGGCUGUAGAUGAGUCCCAGGGUUGGAAUAGCAGAAUAUGGGAGGGUAUUGAUAAUAGUGGACCAAAGGAUGUUUUGUCUAAUCCAGAGGCUUCUGCAACAGAAAGCUGCAAAAUUGGAGCCGCGGUUUUAGAGGAUACGGAAAAGGGAAAAUCGAAAGCGAAGGAAUAG